AUGGUGACUCCAGCCCAGACGCCUCUCAAGGUUGUGGUGGUUGGAGCUGGUAUGAUCUCUCCCAUUGCUUGCUACAAAGGCCUGGGGCAUCAUGUCGUCCUCCUCGAGUCUACUCCCAAACUUAUGGAAGUCGGAGCUGGCCUCCAGAUUUCCCCGAACAUGCUGAAGAUCCUGGACCGAUGGGGGAUGUCGCCAUCUAUCCACUCGAAUGACGUCGCUCUUGAGCGUAUCCAUGUCCGACGAUGGCAGAACGGUGCCCUCCUCGGUACCAUGCCGGUGAACAAGACCUACGGCCAACAGGUUGUCAUCCACCGGGCGGACCUCCACAAAGCCCUCAUGGACCACGUCCUGGCGCUGACCAAUGUGGAAUUGAAUGUCAACUCGACCGUGACGAAUGUGACGUUCAACCCGGCCUCGGUAACCCUAGCCAAUGGCACUGUGGUAUACGCAGAUGUGGUAAUUGCUGCUGAUGGCAUUAAAUCCACCAUCCGGAACCAUGUCCUAGGUGGUUCCCCCUCCAAACCCAUCCCCACCGGUGACGCGGCAUACCGUAUCGUGCUACCCCGGAGCGCGAUGGAAAAUGACCCCGAGCUUAAGGACCUGGUUAAUGAACCUCAGGCCACGCGCUGGCUAGGCCCAUACCGCCACGUUAUCGCCUACCCCAUUCGGAAGCACGAACUCUUCAACGUUGUCCUGGUGCACCCGGACAGAUGCGACGUGGAAGAGUCCUGGACCACGCGCGGUUCAAAGAAAAAGAUGAAGGAUGAAUACCGCGGAUGGGACCGUCGAGUCACUAAGCUCAUUGACCUAAUCGCUGCUGACGACGUCCUCGAAUGGAAACUCUGUCUGCAUCCUCCUUUGAAAACCUGGAUUCGAGGCUCCGUUGCUCUUAUCGGUGAUGCCUGUCAUCCCAUGCUCCCUUACGUCGCGCAAGGCGCCGCACAAGCCGUCGAAGAUGCCGCCGCAUUAGGCAUCCUCCUUUCAACCAUCACCUCUCGACGAGAGAUCCCUCUAGCCCUACAAGCGUACGAGCGAUCCCGGAAACACCGCGCUGAGAUCGUACAGCAAUCCGGCACGGAGAACCGGAUGACGCUGCAUCUCCCCGAUGGGCCGGAACAACAGGCUCGCGACGAACAGUUCUUAGCCUCGACGCAGGGUGGAUCGAAUCCUGAUCGCUGGUCGGAUCACGAAACGCAGCGGAUCCUAUGGGGAUGGGAUGCGGAGAAAAUGGCCCUGGAGGCAUGGAAUGGCUCUAGAUAUUGA